AGUGGUCGCCCUGCGCAGAGAGAGUGUCGGCGUCGUCCCUAAUUUAUGAGCUUCGCCUCUGCUUUUUAGGCAAAAAUGAGUAGGCGAGAAGAGACAUCAUUGGUGGAGCGGUCAUCAGCCACCAAGAGGCCGGCGGCUGAGGGGGAUGGGGGGGAGGAGCCAAAGAAAAAGAUUAGUUUUGGCCUCGGCAAACCCCUAGACAAAGGCACUGUGGGAAUGCCUCCAACCGCAAAGAAACCCCUUGGUGGCAUUUCAAUCAAGCUUGGCCAGUCACAGCAGAAAAAUGCCACCCAGACUGGAGCGUCUGCACUGAAGCCAAAGGUUGGAGCAGCAGCGUCUGUUUUCGGCUCAGAAGACGAUGAUGAUGUUGAGGAAGAGAUGCCUCCAGAGGCAAAAAUGAGAAUGAAGAAUAUAGGAAGAGAUACACCAACAUCUGCAGGGCCAAACAGCUUUGGCAAGACGAGGAUGGGUUUCUGCGAUUCCAAAAAGAUUUAUGAGAAACAGUUAAGAGAUGUCCAGGAUAAAGCGAACAAGUUAGAAUAAUUGUGAGAGUCAUUAGGGUUAUAGAAAAUGUCCAAAAAAUGUUAUUGCGGGUAAUCUAGAAUCCACAUAGUAGGAAGAGUUUGGAUGCAUUUUGUUGAUUUUGAGGUUGAAGAUGGUUCUUGAGUAUGGAUUUGCAACAGUGCAUGAAGAGGCUCUCUGUCAAGACCAAUGAUGUGUUCUGUUACAAUGUUUGAUCAGAUGUAAGAGUCUAGACAGUAAAAGUCUUUGCUCAUAUAGGUAACCUUAAGGCAUACAUAAUAGUGGAAGGUGGUAUGAUCCGGUGCAACUGGCAUAGCAGCACAGUCAGCCUAAAUUUAUAAAAAAGGCUUGCACAGACAACUUAAGUGGUCAGAUUUGUUGUCAGUUUAUGGAAUAAAAGCACAUAACAACCACUGCUGGGUCAUUUCAUCAUAAAUUACUUUAAUUCUAUGAUGGAAAUUGUACAUUUAAUCUGUUUGGGGCUAUUUACUGUUUAUUAGUGUGUGUGGCACUGAUGAAAUACUUGGUGUGAGUACUGAAGCUUCCUGCCAUCAUGUACACUUUUCUUGCUUAUACAAGCCAUGUACAUUUAGCAUUAUAAUCUCAGCUCUUUAGGAAGAAAAGAAAUUAAGUGAAAUUUAUGGGAUUUGUAUGCAUUUUAUAUGAAAAGAAUAUUGGUAUGGAGAAUGAUCAUAGUAAUA